GCUAUUUACGUAUUGGAGUAAUAGGAAGAAGGUGUCCGCCAUUACAGUGAGGUCAGGGAGAAAGUGCAAAUUCAGGAACUGCGCUAACGCUGGAAAAAGCACAAACAUAAGUCCUUAAGAUGCCACGCCACUGUUCUGCAGCAGGUUGUAAAACCAGAGACACAAGAGAAACUCGAAGUAAAGGGAUCUCAUUUCACAGGUUGCCUGGCAAAGAUCUGACACGCCGGACCCUGUGGUUGACAAACUGUCGGCGUACAGAUCCACAGGGGACAGGACCAUGGAACCCCACGUCUGAACACAUCUACUUCUGUUCCCAACACUUUGAGAAGGAUUGCUUUGAUGUUGUUGGAACAAGUGGGUAUCACAGAUUGAAAGAAGACGCUGUCCCUACAAAGUUUGAGUCCUUCUCAAAGGUAAGGAAAGUAGCUCAGACCAAAAGACAGAAAAAGAAGUGGUUGAGAAAGGAAAGUGACAAGGAGGGGGCGCCUUUACCAAGCAGAAAAACAAACUUGAAGAUGGCCCCUACUACAGACUGCAGCACAUUGCACAGUGAGAAUUUAUCAGACUGUCAACAUGCACAGGACAACUGUACUGUAGAUAGUGCAUCCAUUAGCACACCAGAACUUCAGUCUAGUAGUGCCUUGGAACGAUGUGGGCUAAGUGAAAGAGAAACCAGGGAUGAAAUUAUAGGUACUGAUGAAUUCCCUGAUUCACUGCUGGACGUUCCUCAUGUGGUAGACUCAAUCCUUGAUGGUACAGACUCUAACUGCAUUCUGAACCAGGCUUCCUUACAAGAGGAUGAAACUGAGAGUGGCAGUAUUUCUUCUGUGUUACAGGUGUCUGUUAGUAAAAUUCUUGCAAACGAUAGCUGUCAGGAACUACAGUCAGAAUCUGAACCUUCCCGCCCAGUUUCUCCUUCUAUGUACAUGUCUCGUCUCCCCCCACCUCCCGGAGCAUACAUUUCCAGUGAACAUAGUUACCAUGUUGGGAAUGCUUUACAGUGGAAGCGCAGAGCCGAAACUGCUGUGGAAGCACUUGAGAAAGUACAAAGACAGUUACAUGCAUGCAAACGACGAGAGCAGCGGCUUCGGUUGAGGAUAGCAGCACUGCAACAAGAGCGUAUGCGGGAGAGGCAGGCACAGGCAGCAGAUGUGCGAGAGAAGCUAAAAGAACAUCUGCAGGUCUUUGAAUUGCAACUUAUUAAUGACUUUCAACAGAAGUACCUAGAAUUCAUUUCAAAGCCGUUAAACUGUAUUGAUGCUGAAUGGUCUGGUGAGUUCUUGGCAGUACCUGCCACAUUAUAAGUCUAAUGUAUUGGAGGCUCUUCAUAUCAUAAAAGAAUUGGUUAGUCUCAGCUGUGCUGAUUCCAAGAAGCUGAAGCACAACUUAAUAAACCCUUGAACAGACCACUAUUCAGAGUUUAGCACAGGGAAAGUACUUUUUGACACUUUUAGUGACUUAAAGUUGUGGCUUGCCAAAAGACUUCAUCUCCUGAUUGAAAGACAUACAGAAAAUCUUGUCUGAGUACUUGUGUUGGCACUAAACAUAAAAUGAGUCCCUGCCUGCUUGCCUAGUGUCAUAUUGUUAGCACUUAGGUGGAGUCCAUUCACCAAACAAAAUUAAUUUUGUAGUGUUUUUUUCUGUCAUAUUUUGGUAAUGCAGAUGUGUCUUUUUUUAGUUUAGUUAAAUAUGUAUCUGAAGUAGUUUACUUCAUUUGAUCUUCAACCUGUGGGUAUUCAGAUCCGGAUCGGAUCCAAGACUGCCACAUCACCAGCUUCUGAUCUGAGCUCCAAGUUCCUCCCCUUACCCAUAAUGCCCCUCCAUCUCCUUCUUCCCUCAGAUCUCGUUUGCCGCUUUCCAGCCCAGCAGCAUGGCCUGAAGUUCCAGGCGUUUAGUGGUUAUUUUGGUGAUUUUUUAGUUUUUUGUUUAGCUAGUGUCCCGUAAAAUUCUUACCCUUGCCUCCCCGCUUCAACUGUCGGUACAAAAAAAAGUUAGAUUUAAAAGUUAUCAGUUAGUGUUGUUUCCCUAUGUUCCCCUUCCCACAGUUAGUGCUAGUGUGUGUGUGUGUGUGUGUGUGUGUGUGUG